UCAUCAAGAAAGAAACAGGCAAGCUUAGACAUGUUCUUCAAAGGAAAACGUAAACCCAAGGAUGUUGAAGAGACCAAAGAGGCUAAAGGCACUAAAGCCAGGAUCUAAGGGCAAGAAAGCUAGUGCCAGCAAGCAUGAAGAGACUAAGGAAGUAGUUAAAGCAUCCAAGCAUAAGAUUAUUACUGAUGUAAGUGAAGACAGCUUGAAUAGCUAUGAAGACUUUGUUGGUCAUCUUGGCGACUGGCAAGAACCCCUUGCUGAUUACCUUGCUACACCACACUUUAAGCAGAUCUAUGAGUAUGUUAAGCAGGAGUAUGAUUCAACCCUCUGUUUCCCUCCAAAAGAACUCAUCUUUAAUGCCUUUAAGAAAGCUAACUUCAAAGAUGUCAAGGUCGUUAUCGUGGGACAGGAUCCAUAUAUUAAGGUAAAUGAAGCAAUGGGUCUCUGCUUCUCAAUUCCAAAAACCACUAAAUGCCCUCCAUCUCUUAAGAACAUUUACAAAGCAUUAAACAAGGAUAAGAAGGUUGAUUUCAAGACCCCAUCACCUGUGCACGGAGACUUACAAAGCUGGGCAGAUCAGGGUAUCCUGAUGCUCAACGCAGCCCUGACUGUCAGGGCUGGAAAGAGCUUCAGUCAUGCAAAAUCAGGCUGGCUCAAGUUCACUAACGAGGUGAUCAAAGCCAUCAACAAAGAAAAGGAGGGAAUCGUCUUUCUGUGCUGGGGCGGUAAGGCUCUGGACAUUUGCAAGCAGGUCGAUACAUCUAAGCAUCAUGUGCUCAAGCAUGGACACCCCUCUCCAUUAGCUCAGAAGUUCCAGAAGUUUGAAGAAUGAACUCAUUUUUCAGAGACUAAUGAUAUCUUGGUCAAGCAAGGCCUUGAGCCUAUUGAUUGGAAUUUGAAAUAAUUUAGAUAAGAUUUAUUAAAA